AUGGCCAACAGUUCAUUUCUACCAUUUAUUUGGGCUGAAUUUUAUAAUUCUACAAUGCAUACAACCAAUGUUUGUGAAUCAUUCAAUUCGAAACUGAAUAGAAUGUUUUACUCUCCAAGUCCUAAUAUAUUUCAACUAGUCGAUGUCUUAAAACAAAUACAAUGUGAUAUAUAUGUAAAAAUGCGUUCUUCCAAUUUAAAUAAAAGACGUCGAGAAAUAUUAGAAAAAGAAGAAUUUAUAAGUUCAAUGACAACACAAUUUCAAAAUAAUGAAAUCAAUAGAAAAGUUAUCAUAUAUGGCGUAGCCGAAAACAAAUUAAAUAUGACUCAUGGCAUAUAA